GUAACUUGUCGAUUGUUGGAGUGCUGAACUUAGUUGAGCAGCGUGCGCGUUACGACAUGGACACGGAUGAGGAAAAGAAGGCGAUGGCGCAUGAUGAGGUUGACUUCACCAGCGGCUUUGAGACGCAAUAUCAAAAGGAAUAUAGCAAGCUAAAGCCGAUAUUUGUGCCACCACCGGAUAAACGCAAUGCUUGGUAUCGCAGCUGGUCCACAAUCAUGAUGAUUGUAUUUCUAGCUGCAGUUUUUCUGCUGGGCACCAUUAUGCUGGUGGUACAGGUCUUCACAGCCAGCGCGCUGCAAGUUUUAAUUAUAGUUGCCGCCUAUAUAGGCGUGGCUGCCAUUAUGAUCUGGCUGGAGGUGCAAAGCAUCAAAGUGCGCUAAUUACGUGACAAAGUGAAAAACAUUUGCUAUUGUGCGUUCUUAAGUGUUGUGUCAACCAAUUCGUUAAUUAUCUAUAGACUGCAAAGUCUUUUGGCUUACGCUUAUCAGCGCUACUAACUGUUUGCCUUUUGCUUUAGUAUGUGUUACUAUUUGCGCGUAAUCAAAGCCACUUUAUAUGCACAAUAAAUUGCGGCGAAGCUUUUGUUUUUGUAACUGUGUUGCAAUUGACAUGAAUUAUAAUGGAGCUUGUUCAAACUCAAGGCAAAACAUUAAUGAUGAUGAUCAUUUAGCUUAUAAGUUUUUGUAAUAAGCAAACAAAAUGAAAUGUUUGCUUAAGUAAAUGUUUAAAAGCACUAAACACUUUUAAAAUGCAGCCAGCAUGCAUAAUUCAAUAUUAAAUUAAGCUUAAAAUAUUUAACUCACGAUUUAUUAAUA